ACUCAAAAAGCAGUUUACUUCAAUUCUACAUACGUAUAAUACCAGUCUCCGUGGAAAGAAUUUAUAUCACUAUUUUAGAACUACCAUCAAGUAUGAGUCUCGGACUCGUAGGAUCUAACGCCCAUCAAUUAUCUUUCUUCACUCUUUCUACUCAAACAGUUGAAGAGCAAACUCAUUCGAUCUCCAGGAUUUCUGCAUGCAAGAGGAUAAAUAUGUCAGGUCUUUCGUCCUCGCUUCGACCUGGAGGAUACGCUUUUCCAGGACUGUGUCACUUGCUGGUUAACCAGGAAAAUCCUUGCAGACGUGCUCUAGACAAAAACAUAUUCAAGCCAGAGAAAACCUGUUUCGGAAACCUUGGACGUCCUAUUUCCUGUUUAAGCGGUGGAGAAAGAGAGGCAGAUGCUGGACCACAAUCUGAUGCACGUGUGAUUUAUUCUGUAGCACCAGCAAUGGGUCAUGAUAUGGAGGCCCAUCCAGAAUCUAACUUUAGGGUUCCUGCAAUAACGAGUGCUCUUGAAAAACUGGAGCUUACUCCGAAGCACCGUGGUUCAGCCAUCAUUGAACUUCUAAAUUACAAGUCUGCAACAGUUGAUGACAUUGCAACUGUUCAUUCUAAAUCAUAUGUUAGUGGACUUGAGAAGGUUAUGGAUCUGGCUUCUCGAGAUGGUUUGAUUUUCCUCGAGGGAGAUACUUAUGCUACUUCAACAACAUUUCAGGAGUCCCUCAUUGCUGCUGGAGCAGGAAUUUCCUUAGUAGAUUCAGUGGUCGCAGCAUCAAAAUUGAGUAAUAAGCCUCCUAUUGGAUUUGCUCUGGUAAGGCCUCCAGGUCAUCACGCUAUUCCAAAAGGACCUAUGGGUUUUUGUGUAUUUGGAAACUUGGCAGUGGCUGCUCGGCAUGUCCAGCGCGUGCAUGGUCUAAAAAAAGUCUUCAUAAUUGAUUUUGAUGUUCACCAUGGAAAUGGGACAAGUGACGCUUUCUAUGAUGACCCAGAUGUAUUCUUCCUUUCAACUCAUCAAGAUGGCAGUUACCCUGGUACCGGUAAGAUAGGUGAGAUAGGUCAUGGCAGAGGAGAGGGAACAACACUAAACUUGCCUUUGCCAGGAGGUUCUGGUGAUACAGCGAUGAGGCGUGUGUUUGAAGAAAUCAUUGUACCAAGUGCUCAAAGGUUCAAGCCAGAUAUAAUUCUUGUUUCCGCUGGGUAUGAUGCCCAUGUACUGGAUCCAUUAGCUUCUCUUCAGUUCACAACAAACACAUACCACAUGCUAGCAUCAAACAUCAAGCAACUAGCUACGGAGCUAUGCAAGGGACGUUGUGUAUUUUUCCUUGAAGGAGGGUACAAUCUUCAAUCUCUUUCGUACUCUGUAGCAGAUUCAUUCCAGGCUUUUCUUGACGAGCCAAGUUUGGGCAUCAAGUUUGAUGAUCCUGCCAUCUUGUACGAAGAACCAUUGGAAAAGGUCAGACAAGCGAUUCAGAGAGUCAAGCACAUCCAUACUCUUUAAACUAUGUGACGCGGGGGCAUAUUGUGCCUCUUUUGGAAUGUUUUACUAGUUUCUAUUCUUUAGGAGAGAGUUACAGUACAGUAGAACCUCUGUUUAACAAUCUUUUCAAAUGUUGACUAGUUUCAAUUCUUUCAGACGGUGAUACAGUCCGUGGUACAGUAGAAACUAUCAAAAUACCUGUGGGACUACAGUAAAUGUUUUUUUUUUGGAAAGGAUAAAUUCUAAAUUCCUGUACGCGCA